CCCCUACUAUCCCGAUCCUGAACAAAACUUUCUCUUUAUCUCUAUUUAGCCCCCAAAUUCCUCAUAUUUCGAUCGGGGGAUUCUCUUAUGCUAUGAAACCCAAUCCUCUCUCUCAUUCUCUCGCAGGCACCACGAUCAUCUCACGCGCCGCCGUGUCCCUCCAAUUCAUCCGCCGGUCCCGCCUUUUCACGUUGCUUGCAAACCCCUGUAGUUAGGGUUUCUGGAACAGCAGGAUUAUCCGUUUGUUUUUCUUUUGUUUUUAUCGGUAGAGGUUAGAUUAGGGUUUCGAAGAGGAAAUCGACAGAAGAUGGGCAGCGUGGAUCGAGUUGAUGAUUUGACAUUUAAAGUUAAUUUUAGCGGAGAUGGAGCGGCCAAGUUGAGAGAUAGAGUCAAUGAAAAACUCAAGGAGUUUAUGGGCGACUACACUGACGAUACUCUUGUGGAAUAUGUGAUUGUCUUAUUGAGAAAUGGCAGACGUAAAGAUGAAGCAAUGAAUGAGUUGAAUGUUUUUCUUGGGGACGACAGCGAUUCUUUUGUCACCUGGUUGUGGGAUCAUUUGGCUUCAAAUUUGGAUCUAUAUAUUCCUUCUCAAGAACUUCAUGUUCAAGGAGCCAGAACAACUGCAUUGGGGAACCAGUCUAUUGGUACCGACUCUCACCAGUUGGACACUGAUUCUGAAAGAGGAAAGACUACUAAGGUUUCCAGGAACCGUCACAACAGGGAGUGGAAGGGACUAGUUAGGGAUGCAGCUGAACCUCCUCCUCUUCGGAGCUCUGAGGUUGAGAGUAUUCGUUUUGAAGAAAAAUCCAAUCGUAAAGUAAACUGUGGAAAAUCUCUCUCUCCUCAUCAUUCUCAGAAGAAAAGGAGUAAACCCGAUGAGCGACAGCCUAUGAAGAGGGAAGCAGUUUCUCAGAUGAACAUUGAUGCCCCUAGGCGGCUGCUUCAGUUUGCUGUGCGAGAUGCAGUUGGAACUUCGAGGACACCUGUUUCAUCAAAGGAACCAUCAUCCAAGCGCCUUAGAUCUGUUGUCUCAACAACCUCUGGAGAUUUGCCAGUUCGUCCCCGGAGAAUUCAGUCUGUUGCAAGAGUGCCAAAUCCAAUGGCGACAGUGAUCAAGGCUGUUGCAGAAGCUGCCGAAGAUGUGACAAAGGUAAAAAAUGCUGGAAGUGUAUUUGACAGGCUUGGUCCUGGAAUGGAUGUUUUGGAGAGCCAAGACCUACUCCCAGGAUACAGAGAGUCUCUUCCCCAGGAAGAAGAAUAUGGAGAUCUUGACCAACCUUUGGAGACAACCGAUUCGUCAUAUUAUCAAAGAGAGCAGUUUGGUGGUCGACAUCUUGGUAACAUAACUGCUUUAGACAGUGAGACUGGGUUGGCUUCAGAUUCUGUGUCUGACAAUGAAUGGUAUGAUGAUGUUAAUGUUGUUGGCCGUGGAGGUAUGGACGUGUCUCGUACUGGUACAUCAAGUGGAAACAAGGGUGAUAACUCACUUAUGGUGCAGUACAAUGUAGCUAAGGAUAAUGAAAUCUCGCAAAUGAGGAACAAAGAUCAAAAUCAAUCUACAAUAGCAGUAAAUUCUCGUAAGAUAGUUAACAUUUCUGUCAAUGUAAAUACGUGGAAACCACCUCAUUAUCAAGAGCCAAGGGAGGUUUCAGAAUUGGAGAGUCGAAAGUCUCUUCUGGAGAGUGAAGCAGCUGCUAACAAAUCAAAUGUUAGAUUGGAGAAUGACAACACAGUUACAGUCGGUAAUGGAAAUGAUAAAAGUGCUGCUUAUAAUCAAGAUAUGUCUCAGAAAGCAGUGCAGCUAUCUUCUGUUUUACAUUCUGCCGAUCGUCCUUUAGAGGAUGCUGAUUCUCGAACCAUCUUUGUUAGCAAUGUCCACUUCGCUGCUACUAAGGAUAGUCUUUCUCGACAUUUUAACAAGUUCGGAGAAGUGCUAAAAGUUGUUAUCGUUAUGGAUGCUGCGACUGGGCAACCGAAAGGGUCAGCUUAUGUGGAGUUUAUGCGAAAGGAAGCAGCAGACAAUGCUUUGUCCCUGGAUGGUACCUCAUUCAUGUCACGGAUUCUUAAGGUUGUAAAGAAAACUUUUGCUCCUCAAGAAGCCGCUCCUGUCAUGACAUGGCCUCACGUUGCUCGGGGUUCUCCAUUUGCUGCUGCGAGGUUUGCUAGAGCUCCUUUACCCCGAGGUUUCCCAGUUGCAUUUAGGCCUCACCUCCCCAUAAAACCUGGUGCAAGAAGCUUUCAGUGGAAGCGUGGUGCUCAGGCCACUCCAUCCGAUGCUGCUGCGAGUAAAUUUACUCCUCCCACUGCCCGAAGUCUCACCUACAUCCGAACGGAGCCCAAAACGGAAGGGAAUGCCACUACCUCCUAGUUCAGUCUCUCUCAUUUUCUCACAUUCCGCCCCAAGGUUGCAUUGAUUUUCUCUUUUUGGCAUUUGUUUUUUUUCCGGAAAUAUUUUUUUAAUGGACCGAUUGCAUCAAGUAUAUAACAUGGAUCGAAAAAUAGGGGAAAAAUCCAGAGGCGAUGAAUCUUCAACACCUUGAGACAUGUCUAGAAUAGAGAGAUGUAUGUUAUAGAAGUGUCAAACUGGUGUUUUUGUAAGAAAUUUUGCAAUCACAGGCAUUGGCUUCGAAGUGUGGGAGGGGGAGGGUAAUAUGUAUAGUUGCGGGGAAGCAAGAGCAAAGUGGUACUUGUAUAUAUAUAUAUAUAAUUUUUAUUAGA